AUGUCUAACGAGACUAAUAAGCGAAGUAUCCCGAAUGGUAUAUUAUCUCAACAUAUAGAGGAUGACUCACCUAUACCAACUGGGUAUUCUAUAGACGAUAUCAGCACCACCAAUGGCUCUGAGAAAGUUAGUCGUCAACCCGAACCACCAAUCAAAAGUACACAAUCAAUUGCUGCAUCAAAGAAUAUAUUAUCCGAUGAUUUGGACAAUGAGAAUACUGCAUCCGGGUCUCUUUUAGAUGAUUUUGAGAACGAAGCUGAAAAUGAAUCUAAACCGAUACAUUCCAAGGAGGUGGAGGAACCAAUAGUGCCACUCGAAACUAUCGUAAGGGAUAAAGAAAGCGAAGCCCCAGAGGCUGCAGUUGAAGAAGAAGAAGGUACCACAUCUUCCAUUCCGGCACAUGCGACACCAAACUUCGACUCAAUUACUGAUGAUAUUAUGGAAAACGAAAUCGAAGCAAUUGUGGAAGACAAAGAAGAAAUCAAAGAAGAUUUCCAACCAGCAGAUUCAGUUGCGGAACCAGAAACGACAAGAGCCGCUUUAGAAACGCCUAAAGACGGUCAUCUUGCAUCUUCAAAUCUAGAAUACGUGGAAUUUAACCUCGAAUCAAUUGCUGAUAAUGGAAUUGAAAAGACCGAAGUAGAUUUGUCUAAAGAAAUCUUGGAAGACAAUGAAGAAAUCGAAGAAAAUUCAAAAUUGGCAUAUUCAGGUUUGGUUCUGGAAACAGCCAAAGCGGCCUCGGUGCCGUUUGUGAUAGGAAGUCCCGGGGCCACAGAAGAGGCAUUUUCCCCAUACGAGAUUAAUGGCUCGGAACAACCAGCUACUACAUCCAAUUCAGAGGAUCAAGAAAAUAACGAUACUGUUAGAUCUCUAAUUGAUGUACCAUUACACGAAGAAGAUGUCGACGAAAGACUCGUUGGUGAUAUCUCAGUAAAUGAAGAAAUCGGAAUUGAGGAAACACCAGAAUUUGAAACAGCAUCGAUCAAAUCAACAGACGCAAUCAUAGAAACAAACACCAAUAAAGCCGAGACUGACUUCGACGGCAAGACCGCAGAACAACUUGAAUUAGAAUCCAAUCCUACAUUAGCCAAAUUCAUGUCCGCCUGUCAAGAUGGGAACUUAACGAUCGUCAAAGAAUUGAUAAAUUCCCAACAAGUCAAUCCUAAUGAUUCAUUCAACGAUGGAAUAACUGGAUUACAUUGGGCAUGUAUUAACAAUCGUCUCACAUUGGUUCGUUUCUUGGUUGAAAACGGAGCCGAUCCUAAUCAAUUAGGCGGAGAAUUGAAGGCCAGUCCAUUACAUUGGGCAUGCCGGAAUGGAUUGGUAUAUAUUGUUGAUUAUUUGAUUACUAGUUCUGAAGCCGAUCCAUCAAUUCGUGAUUCACAAUCAUAUAAUUCAUUACAUUUAGCAGUUCAUAGUUCAAAUAUUACGUUGGUUAUUUAUCUUUUGUUAAGUUGUUGUGAUGCAAAUUCGAAAAAGAAAUUAUAUGUUGAUGAACCGGAUAGUUUUCAUAGGACAUGUUUACAUUGGGCUGCUUAUCAAGGUGAUAUAUAUACCGUGAAUGCGUUAUUAAGAUUCGGAGCUGAUGUUUCUAAAGUUGAUAAUACUUUGUUUAUACCUAUUCAUUGGGCAUUUAUGAAAGGUUAUAAGACUGUUCUUAAGGCGUUAUUAGAAGCUGGAUCAAAUAUUCAUUCCAAGAAUGAUCAGAAUAAGGAUACGUUUGAUAUUGCCAAAGAUAUGGGUUGUACAAAUACUUGGAUAAGAGUUUUGAAAGAAUGUGGAAGAGAUCCAAAUAAUAACUGGGCUCCAAAAAAACGAUGGAUCCUGCCAAAAGUUGGAAAAUUAAUGACUUUCCUUGCUCCAUAUGUUUUACUUCCUGUCCUGUUGAAUAUAAUUUCUGCAUAUCAAGGAUUUGGAAUCCCUAAGAUUUUCUUAGCCAUUGGAUUGUUUGCCGGAGGUAUACUUGCUGUUAAUAAAGUGAUUAUCCCAACGUAUCUAAUAGAUGAUAAAGCGCUUGCAAAAUCUCCCUUAUUGGCUGGAGUUUUCUCAGCAACUGCAUUUUGGGCAAUUGUGGUGUGGUUAACGGCCAUGUUCCCAGUUACCUUUUUCAAAGAAUUCUUGACGAAUGUUAUUUUGGGGUUUUUUAUUGGUGUAUUUACUUGGACAUUUUUUAAGUCAAUGUUCAUCAAUCCAGGAUUUGUGCCAACUCCAAGUGAUAAUUCUGUGAUUUUGGCUCAAGUUACUGAUUUAGUUAAGUUGGGUAAAUUUGACACUGAUCAUUUCUGUGUGAAUUCAUUUGUUAGGAAACCAUUGAGAUCGAGAUAUUCAAGAUAUAAUAAAAAGUUAAUUGCCAGAUUUGAUCAUUAUUGUCCAUGGGUGUAUAAUGAUAUUGGAGUUAGAAAUCAUAAAUUAUUUAUGGCAUUUAUUUAUUCAUUAAAUUUAGCAAUUCUUGCGUUUGUUCAUUUAUCAUAUAGGUAUUUUGAUAGAUUACAAGAUGCUUAUGAUUCAGACGAUGACGAAUAUGGAUUAUGCGGAUUAUUUGGAGAUGAAUUGUGUUAUGGAUAUAAGAAUCAUCACUUCCAUUUCAAUUUAAUCAUUUGGUGUUUAUUCCAAUAUAUUUGGGUGACAGUCUUAUGUAUUGUCCAGACUUUCCAAAUAUUAAAAGGGUUAACAACUUGGGAAUUCAGUACCUUAAACAACAAGAUCCAAUCUAGUCGAUUUAAUCAUUCUACGGUUCCUAUGGAUUUUGGUGAUUCUACUUUGGAGCCAAUACCCAACCAACCAACCGCCACAGCUCAUCGUCAUGACGAGUUUAAGACAUGUUUGAAUUUGUUGGGAAUAGACCAAUUUUGGAUGACGAUAAAACUUAGUAUAAUGUCUUUAUUUUCAAAAAGAGGUGCUUCAUCUUAUGAAUCUUUGAAUACUGUAGAUAUCCCAACUGAUUAUGGAAUAAAGCAGAAUUGGUUAGAUUUUUGGGUUAUUGGUGAAGAAAAGUUAAGAAAUGUAUUUUAUUUACCUAUUGAAGGGGAAAAUAAUUUGAAUGGAGAAGUUGUUGAUUAUUAUAAGUUGUAUGAGUAUCCAUCAAAAGCAGCAGCAGCGGUAGUUUAA